GCUGUGCGCAAGCGGCUUCAUCCCUUCGGCCGCCGUAUGAUGAUGCGUCGGCCCAUCCGUGCGCUGGCGGCCCUGUUCGCGUCGUCCCUGGUGCAGCAGGGAUGCGUGAGAUUUGUCCAUGCAUCAGCAGCAGCGCAGCCCUCGCUGGCCUCACGCAUCCGGGGAGCCUUCAUGGGCGCCGUGGUGGGAGAUGCGCUGUGCCUCGGCAGCCACUAUGAGUGAGUCAGUGAGUGAGAGCCAGCCGACACGCACAGACACACAGACAGACACUGUCAGACGAAUCAUGCAUCUGUCUGUCUGUCUGUCUUUCUGUUCUUCCCUGUCUAUCUACCAGGUAUGAUGCCAACAAGAUCUUGGCGGCGUACGGCGGGAAGCCCAUCGAGAAAUACAUGGCGCCGGGCGAACACAUGGGCGGGAUGACGCACGGGUCGGUCGGUGACGCCAUCAGGGACAGAGGAUUCCCUGAGGCCAUACAUGUCCUGUGUGGGUUGUGUGCUCAGGGUGGGAUGGGGACAGCGCAACUACCAUCCGUAGGCGCCGCGCCGACACACACACACGGGCAGACACGGGCAGAGAAUGAGCCGUCCUGUCUGUUCUGUGGUUGUGUGUUGAUGAAUGCAGGGGCAAGACGGCCGGCGAGCAGACAGACUACGGCGACUACAAUGCCCUCGUCCUCGAGUACUUCGCCACGCGCAAAUACAAAGACAAUGGUCAGUCGGUGGACUGCGCUGGAUGGAUAGAUGGCCACAUUUACUCACAAACAUUGCAGCAACUUAACUUGCGCCUGUGUGUGCAGAUCCCCCUCUGCCGAUCAACAAGAGCGAGCUCAUCUCAUUCUGGCAGGUGCGGUGGGGUGCGGGCUGCUUCUGGAUGGGCGGACAGGCGGACAGAGGGAGGGACUCAUUGUGUGUGUCUUGUUGGUUGCUUUGUGUUGUGUGUUGUGUGUUUGUCAGCGGAAGAUGGAGACCUGGGUGGGCUGGAAGUGCACCCAGACCCGCCAGACGCUGCAGCAGAUACAGCAGGGCGUGCCGCAAGACCAGCUCGGCGGCAUGUCUAACGCCAUGGCCAUCCGCCACGCCGCCGCAUUCGCCGUCUACUCUGACGAGAAGGCUCUCAUCGACGCAUCCACCACUGUCAUGUUCACCCAUCGGUGAGAGGGUGUGGACCACAGAGAAAGGCACAUACAGACAUAGAUGAGUCUUCCUUUCUGUUCGUUCAGGAAUUCCCAUGCGUUCCUGGCCGGCCCGUACCUGAGUCGUGUUGUGCAUCGCCUCCUUUACAAGAACAUGGGGCUGCGGGAGGCCAUCGAAAGCGCCAUGAACGACCAGGUGCGGACCGGAACAGCAGAGACCUCUCUGCCUCCCUGCGUGUGCUCAUAUGCUCCACUUCGGUGUGUGUGCGCGUCAGGGCACUGACGAGUUCAUCCGUAGCAAAGUCAAGAUGGCGCUGUCCAAAGUGAGUGGGAGAGUGAGGACCCCACACACGCAUAUGAUCCUUUGCGCACAUUGGCAGGUUGACGAGGCGGCGGACCCGAGCAAGCCGCUGUCUCAGGAGAAGAUGGUGGACGAUUUGGCCCUGACGUCGAUGGCUCGGCUGUGGGAUGUGGGCAAGAGCGAGCCGAUAAAGGUCGGCAAGGCUAGCCCCACCGAAGGCACUCUGCCGGGAGCCAUCUACUUCAUUCUCAAGUCAGUCAGUCAGCCAUCCGGCCAGCCAGCCAACGAUCUGUGCACGUGUGUACCGAUGGAUGCUGUGUAGGUACCAGCAGCUGCUGCCCGCCCUCCAGGCCAACGCCAUGGUGGGCGGCGAUAACGCAUCAAGAUCCAUCGCCGUCGGAAUGGUGAACACAUGCACAGAAAGCUGUGCCACACAUGGAUCCGCACACGGCAUGUGUGUGUGUUUCAGGUGUUGGGUGCGUAUGAGGGCGUGGAGGCCAUCCCCGAGAGCUAUCGGACAUCGCUCAAGCACUGGCAGCGAUACAGCGACUGGCUGGACCAGAUGCCGCUGCUCAAGAAGGGCAGUGGGAAAGACGAGCUGUGAGUAGGGUAGAAUGGUUGUGGUGGGGGUGUGCACUUGAUACGUAUACUUAUGUGUGUACAGGCAGGCGGCUGUGUUGUGUGUUCGUGCUGGUUGUUGUGUGUUGGAUGGGCUGCAUUGCAUCCGCGGCGGCUGUAUGUAUUGUGUGUCGAUAUAUAGCUGGCAGGUGGUCGCCAUCGCGAAGCGAGCCCAUCCACCCAACCAGGCAGUGUGCUGGUGUGUUCACAUCUGCAUGGACUCGUGGCUGACUCCGGGCAAUUAAUCGAUGCCAACCCC